UUGAUAUGAUUGGCCGGCGCCGGCGGCGGCCUCUUCCUCCCUGGCCUCCCGCAGCCGCGCCGCCAUCAUGAACGACACGGUCACCAUCCGCACCAGGAAGUUCAUGACCAACCGGCUGCUGCAGCGCAAGCAGAUGGUCAUCGAUGUCCUUCACCCCGGGAAGGCCACGGUACCCAAGACCGAGAUCCGAGAGAAGCUGGCCAAGAUGUACAAGACCACGCCAGACGUCAUCUUCGUGUUUGGCUUCCGGACCCAUUUUGGCGGCGGCAAGACGACGGGCUUUGGCAUGAUUUACGACUCUCUGGAUCACGCCAAGAAGAACGAGCCCAAACACAGGCUGGCACGGCAUGGCCUGUAUGAGAAGAAAAAGACCUCACGCAAACAGAGAAAGGAACGCAAGAACAGAAUGAAGAAAGUCAGGGGGACCGCCAAGGCCAACGUUGGCGCUGGGAAAAAGAAAUGAAGUGUCUGGCAGUGAUCUGGAGAUUGAAGAACAGAAGGAGUAAAGAUUCUGCAGAGACUAUCUGGUGAUUGUGCAGAUUUUUUUCACGAGGAUUAAUAAAUUUUAAUUAAAACAA